CAGCCAUCGCGAAGGACCCCGGCCGCCCUUCCGUCUGACGCGGUGUUUACACUUUAAUAAUAAUUCUUCUUUCUGACAUUUCUACUCAUUUCUAUCGAUAUAAUGCCGUUGUUCGAAGGCCUGGGCAGCGGAGGCGAGAAGACAGCCGUGGUGAUUGAUUUAGGAGCGGCCUACACAAAAUGUGGUUUUGCCGGUGAGACGGGGCCGAGAUUCAUCAUUCCCAGUGAGAUCAAACGCUCCGGAUCUCCGGAGGCGGUUCGAGUCGUGCAGUACAACAUCAACACUGAGGAGCUCUACAGCAUCCUGAAGGAGUUCGUUCACCUGCUGUACUUCCGGCAUCUGCUGGUGAAUCCUCGAGACCGGCGCGUGGUGAUCGUUGAGUCCAUCCUCUGUCCUUCACACUUCAGAGAGACGCUCUCCAGAGUCUUCUUCAAGCACUUCGAGGUGCCGUCGGUCCUGUUUGCUCCGAGUCAUCUGAUGUCUGUCAUGACUCUGGGCAUCCAGUCUGCUCUCGUCAUGGACUGUGGAUAUACAGAGACCCUGGUGUUACCAAUCUAUGAAGGCAUUCCGAUCCUGUCUGCGUGGGAAGCUCUACCGAUGGGAGGAAAAGCCAUUCAUAGGGAGCUUCACAGUCUGCUGAGCGAGCAGUGCACACUUGACACCGACUCUGGCACCGGACUCAGUCUGCCCACCGUCAUCAGCUCCGUUCCAGAGGAUGUUGUGGAGGAUAUCAAAGUGCGGACGUGUUUCGUUAGUGACCUGCAGAGGGGCAUGAAGAUCCAGGAGGCCAGAUUUAACCUGGACGGAUCUGCUGAGAGACCGGCUCCUCCCCCAGAUGUGGAGUAUCCAUUGGAUGGACAGAAGAUUCUGCAUGUUAAAGGAUCCAUCAGAGACUCUGUGGCCGAGAUGUUGUUCGAGCAGGACAAUGAGGAGAAAUCCAUCGCCACGCUGCUGCUGGACACUCUGGUGAAGUGUCCCAUCGACACUCGUAAGGUUCUGUCGGAGAACCUGGUGAUAAUCGGCGGUACGUCCAUGCUGCCCGGGUUCCUGCACCGUCUCCUGUCUGAGAUCCGCUCGCUGGUGGAGAAACCCAAGUACCGUGAUGCUCUGGCUACCAAGAGCUUCCGAAUCCACAGCCCACCUGCCAAACCCAACUGCACCGCCUGGUUAGGAGGUGCUAUAUUCGGAGCACUGCAGGACAUUUUAGGGAGUCGCUCGGUGUCCAGAGAUUACUACAACCAGACGGGCCGCAUCCCAGACUGGUGUUGUCUCAGCACCCCUCUUCCGGAUUCAGUCUAUGAGGCGGGAAAGAAUCAGCCGCCUCUCAUGAAGAGAGCCUUCUCCACCGAGAAAUGAACUGGACACUUUAAAUCUAGCUCAUCUGUCCUGAUCUAUAAUAGCUUAAUGUUUUUCAUAUUAGUCAGCUGUACUUAAUUUGAAUAGUAGGUGAAUGAUCUGUGUUCCGAUCGACAUGAUCCCUACACAGUGUUCAUUGCUCCCUACUCCCUGAGAAGGGGAAGUUUACUUCUUCAGAGUUUAUUCAUUCACAUAUUAGCGCUACGCCCUGAAGCUUCUUCACACACGGACGAAACGUACUAGAGUGUGACAAAAAUGCAUCUGUAAAUAAAUACAAUUUAAAUUCACGUCUCGUACACUUUAAUGACCUUUAAAUGGAACAUAUACGCUACUUCGAACUGGAAUCAUGGUGGAAUAUCCAGUGAUGUCCACUUCGCAGGGCACUUACAGUGGAUCAGAACAAACGUCGGAAGCGAUGAGAGAAAACACACACAUUGAGAACCGCUGAAACUAAACGGUUUUCUAGAGAACUUCCAGACAUUUAUCCAGUCUAAACGAUAGAAGCCCAUUUCCGCCGCUGAAUGAUAAAAAAUAAUUGUUUUUGUUAUAUUUAAAUGCAUGCUUGAUCUUGCACCGUCACAGACAGAUCAUGGAAGGCAUCUUGACCAUAGUGAUAAGAAACUACAUAAUAUUUCAAUUGUGUUAAAUAAUGAGUUUCAAUUACUGAAUAUGUUAAAAAAAUUGGUGUAUUUAUGAGUUUUGUGAAAAAAUAAACAUAAAAAAUGUGGUGUUUGCAGCUGGGGUCUUGUCGAUUAGUAAUGUGAACUCAGAUUGGUCUUUAUCUUUAGCAGUCAUGUUUUACUAGAGAGAGACUGAGGUCUGAUCUUGAAUAAACAGCUGUCAGGACUGUUUCUCUUUAA